UCCAGACAUAAUUUUUAAUUUUUUUUGUCGAACUCCCAAAAAAAGUCAAAAAUCUACAAUAAAAUUGAAAUUUUGAAGAUUUUUAACGUAACUAAUCGAAGACAAAAUGAUUGGAGAUUUGUUGGUUGUGCCUGUAAAAAAGCCAUAUGAGGUAGAUAUUGUGAAACCAUUGAAAAAUCUGAUUCAGAGCUCGUAUUCGUCAUCGGGAGAUGCAGGAGAAUAUAAUGAAGCUGCUGCGGAAUUUGGCAAACUGAGAAAUGGAGCUGUCUUUAAGGUUUAUGAGAAAUACGAGAGCUCAUUGCCCGUUGUCUACAAUUAUUAUGAUCAAUUGUGUGCUUUGGAGACGAAAAUCCCCGUGCAAGAGUUGCAAGUUCCCUUCAAAUACAAAGAUGCCUUUGACAAGGGAACAAUUUUCGGAGGCAGAAUGAGUCUAACGAUUUCUUCGUUGGCUUACGAGAAAGUUUGUCUUCUCUUCAAUAUUGCUGCCUUACAAAGUGCUGUUGCGGGAAGUCAAGGAUUCGAUUCUGACGAUGGUUUGAAGGCAGCUGCAAAGUUGUUUCAACAAAGUGCGGGCAUUUUUGCGCAUUUAAAGUCAACAGCUCCCGCGGCAAUUCCUCAAGAACCAACGCCCGACUUGAAUCCUGAUUGUUUGCAAGUUUUGUCGAGUUUGAUGGUUGCUCAGGCACAAGAAGCAUUCAUCUUGAAAGCCAUACGGGACAAUGUGAAAGAACUUUUGGUCGCAAAAUUGUGUUGUCAAUGCGAAGAAAUGUACGCGGAUGUGUUGAAAUUGAUGCAAAAAGAGAGUCUGCGUACGUUAUGGGACAAGGAAUGGAUAACAACAGUUGCGGGAAAACAAGCUGGCUUCCAUGGAUUGACAAUGUUGUAUCAAAGUUUGGUGAAUCGCGCAAACAAACAAGUUGGUCAAGAAAUUUCUCGUCUUCAAAAAGCUGUUGAAUUGUUUAAUGCGGCAAAAUCUCGUUCAGGAAAGCCAACAUUCUUCGAAGAAUAUGCGAACAAGGCACAACGUCAUUUGACAGAAGCACGAAAAGACAACGAUUUCAUCUAUAACGAACAAAUCCCCGAUAUCAAUACAUUAGAAGGACCCGGAAAGAUGCCUUUGGCAAAAGCACAACCCCUUUCGCCGCCCUUGAACAAAGAUUUCAAAGAUAUUUUUGCAAAUCUCGUUCCCGUUGCCUUACAUCAAGCUUUAGUAUCGUCUGAUGCACGCAAAAAUGAGAUUGUUAAUGCCGAAAUAAUGAAGUUGCGCGAACAAACUCAAACCUUGAAUGCAAUUCUGUCAAGUUUGAACCUUCCCGCAGCAAUUGAGGAUACAGCAAAGGGAACAUCUGUUCCUCCAUCCUUGCUUGAAAAAGCAAAUACUUUGAGAUCUAAAGGAGGAAUCGAGUCGAUCAAAAGUCUCAUUGACGAAUUACCGGAUUCUCUCAAACGCAAUCGAGAAAUUCUCGAUGAAGCAGAGCGAUUGUUAAAUGAAGAACGCGAUUCGGAUAAUCAGUUGCGAGCACAAUUCAAGGAGAAAUGGACUCGUACGCCAUCGGAUAAAUUGACGGAGAUGUUUAGGACAAACGUGACAAAAUAUCGUGAAAUUAUUAAUAAUGCCGUAACAGCGGAUCGUGUUGUUCGCGAAAAGUUCGAUAAUAAUGCGUAUGGCAUGGAAUUGAUGUCGAAAUCAGCUGCCGAACUGCAAGAAGCAAUUCCUCAAGCUGCUGGAGAACGAGCAACAUUGAGUCCAAGUGUUCAACGUCUCAGGGAGCUUAUGCAAAAGGUUGAACAAAUCAAAUCUGAUCGUGACGCAUUAGAAACAGAGCUAAAAUCAGCAACUUUGGAUAUCAAGAGUAAAUUUAUGGAAGCUUUAGCUGCUGAUGGAGCAAUUGACGAAGCAGCAAUUUCCGUCUCUGAAAUUGGAAAAGCUUUAGCUCCGUAUCAACGUCGCGUUCAACAAUCUUUGCAAGAGCAAGAACAAGUUGUUGCCGAAAUUCAAGAGCAACAUGCUUCAUUUUCACGUGAAAGCGGCGCCGGAACAAAUUCUCGUGAUGCUCUUUUAAAACAACUUGCUGCCGCUUAUGAUGUCUUUACUGAAUUGCAAAAUAACCUAAAAGAAGGCACAAAAUUCUACAAUGACCUCACAGAAUUACUCGUAAUUUUCCAAAACAAAAUUUCCGAUUUUUGUUUCGCACGAAAAACCGAAAAGGAAGAACUUUUGAAAGAUUUGACAUCAGCAAGUAGUCGAUCUGCGCCUCCUGCGACACCGUCCAUUCCUCAACAUCAUACAGAUUCGUCGAAUAACUUUGCAGCAACUUCAGCAAAUCCCGCAAGCGCUCCAUCUGCUCCCGGAAAUGUCCCGUAUCCAACACAAAUUCAAAAUAUGCCGAUCCCGUAUGGAGCAACAGCUCAAACUCCGUAUCCGACAUAUAUGCCGCCGCCAAUGCCGCAAUGUUUCAAUCCAUAUGCAACGUUACCAUAUCCAGGCGCUUAUCAAUUCCCUCAAGGACCUCCGCAAACGGGAUACGGAACAUGGCCCGGACCUCAAGGAAAUUAUCAAGGAUAUCCUCAUCAACCGCCUCAAUAAUUUAUUAAAAUUUUUAAUUUUUCAAAAAGUGUCAUUACUCGAAUGAUGAGUCUAAACUACACACUUCCUUACUGUUAUCGAUGGUUUUUUGCUAAAAAUCAAUUUUUUUCGUUAUUUUAUCCAAUCUUUAUUAUUAUUAUGAAUAUCAGUGAAUUAACAAAAAAAAAUAUUCUUGAAGCAUUUUUGAGCAAAUAAAUUUAAUA